AUAUUCUCAAGCAUAUAAAUAAUGUUCUCGAGUCAUAAAAAGAGAUAACAAACAUUAUUUUCAAUAACAAAGACGAAGAUAUCGAGUAAACGGGGUAAACAAAGAAGAGUUUCCCACUUAUCACAAACAUACGUUGAAAGCAUCGUUUAAAGAUAAAAAAACCCCAGGACCUGUGCCUAGCUGCCCAGGACUAAUUCAUUUGUUUGGAAACCACAGGCGAGUUUAUAAGUUGCUUUGUUCCUCUUUUAUUUUUUCUUCAAGAAGUUAUUAAAAUGUCUACAAUGGACGGUAAAGGAGAGGAUGAGGUUGGUGGAACAGACCACGCUCCAGAAGAAUACCAUGACGCUGAAGAUGGAAAUUGUAUUAAUGGCAAUGGAAAAUAUGAAUUUCAAGAAAACGAAAACGAUGAUGAAGGAGAUGCUCUUGGCAGACCUGGGGGUCGCCCUGGAGAAGUUUAUGCUCCAAUGCCUGUUCCAAAGUAUGCUACACACUAUAAAAUGAACCAUCCAAAGAGAGGUUUAGCAUUAAUUUUUAACCAUGAAGUUUUUGAAUGUGGAGGUCUAAAAUCUCGUUCAGGAACUAAUGAAGAUUGUAAUAAUUUAAAAUUGUGCCUUUCCAGUUUGGGAUUUGAAGUUAUGGUUUUUAAAGAUUUAAUUUAUACAGAUUUAGAAAGUCAAGUAAGAGCAGUAUCAAAAAUGGACCAUACAAAUCACGAUUGUGUUAUGUUUGCUAUUUUGUCUCAUGGAGAAAUGAAUAUAGUUUAUGCGAAAGACACACCCUAUAAACCUGAAAGUUUAUGGUCUCUUUUUACUGCCGAUAAAUGUCCAUCUUUAGCAGGAAAGCCAAAAAUGUUUUUUUUGCAAGCCUGUCAGGGAGAUAAAUUAGAUGGAGGUGUCCAUUUACAUACUACAGAAACUGAUGGCGACAUGCACAAUACUUACAAAAUCCCUGUUCAAGCUGAUUUUCUUAUUGUAUAUUCUACAGUGAAAGGAUACUACUCGUGGCGUAAUACUACUAAAGGUUCGUGGUUCGUCCAAGCUCUUUGCGAAGAACUGAGACAAAGAGCCCACGAAUUGGAUCUGAUGACCAUUUUAACCUUUGUGUCGCAAAGAGUGGCCAUGGAUUUCGAAAGUAACGUUCCAGAUUCCAUAACGAUGCAUCGCCAGAAACAGAUUCCUUGCGUGAUGAGCAUGCUCACCAGACUCAUCCAGUUCAACGUGCCAGGCUCAAAUUUGGAUAGUAGCGUAGCGAUCAAGGCUAAAAAACCCAGAAAGCGGUUUAGCGGGAUAUUUAAAACCUAAUAAAAGCAAUGAAUUCAAACAGCCAGUGAUUCAAAUAUUCAAUUCAACGUAGAGCCAAUAUUUCCAUAUAUGAAUAUAUGAUAAGUAAAGGUGUAGUUAAUAUAUUUUUUAAAAUCAAUUUAUAGGAUUAAUUGUGUAGAAUUCAUAUAUGUAUAAAAUGGACCAUGCGUGAUAUGGCUAUUGCAAUACUGGUUUUAGCCAAAUUAUUUUAAUUAACAUUUCUACAUAUAGUGCUGUGCCAUGGUCUUUCAUUAAAGUGUCUUAACUAUAUUAUAUAUGUCAAUUUACAGUAUAAAAUAACUACAUAUAUACAAAUAGGCAAACGUACAUUGCAUUUAUAUAGUAUAAUGUAUUUUACUUUUAGUCAGAUUUAUAGGUGUAGGUAGCCUUUUGAUUGGUUUUGAAUGAAUUUCAAGUUUCUUAAUAUCAUAUCUUAACCAUUCAAGUUCCAUCUCUCCUUCAAAAGUCUACCAUUAAGAUUAAAAUUAAUAAUAGUGUUGAUUUUUUUACAAACUACUAAUAUUUCAUGUUGAUUACCCCAACUUUUUAUUAUUCUAAAAUAUAUUUUACAAUAAAUUCUAGUAAUAUUAUGGGUAUAUCAAAUAUUUUCUUAUUAGUGGCUUGUUGAAUUUCUAUAAAUUAUUAUAAGUUCCAGAUGUAUUAUUUUGCUCAUGACAUACAUAGCUAUAAUUUAUAUAUAUUUUUUGUAUUCCUAUUAUACACAUACAUUAGAAUUAGUAUUUUAUUGCCUAGUGUUUUUAUAUCAUAUAUUUCAAUUUAUAUGUUUAUUAUAUAAAUAAAUAAGGAAUUACGUGUUUGCAUUUUUAA